AAAGGUGUGCGUCGGUGGGAGAGGGUGAUGGAGCCCCAAACACAGGACCGGGGGGGCAGCGGUUAGGUUGGGUUAGCUAGCCGCGUCCUGCGCUCCCCAGCCCGACGCCUUCGUGGACGUUUAAUUGGUGCUUCGGUGUGAAUGGGUCUGCACCACCAGGCCUCGUUGCUGGAAAGUUUGCCGAGGCGGAUUUGCCGGAAAAGUCUCCUGAAAUUCCUCUCGGUCGAAACGGGUUGAGCAGGUUGCAGUUCUCGGUGGCUGGUGACAAGUGAUCAGGGAAUGUGACUCUAUCGGUUCAUCGGACGCGCAAGGAGAGGCUGGAGGAUCGUCGGAGGCUCCGGGCACAGGGGACGUCUGUAACCGAGUGACUGUGCAGGUUUGGCUCUGCGGUGUCCAGUCAAAAAGCCAGGAGAGGACGGCCAUGAGCAGUAGCUGAGGACGCCAUUGGGAGUUCCCCCCCCCCUUUGCAAAUAUGAAUGGUGGUCCAAGUGUUUGGGCAAUCUCCCCCGAGGAGAGGAACAAACAUGAUCAGAAGUUCGACACCCUCUCCCCAUCGAUGGGAUACAUCUCAGGAGAACAGGCCAGGAAGUUUUUCGUCAUGUCAGGACUUCCUCACUCUGUGCUGGCUGAGAUAUGGGCUCUGGCUGACAUGAAUCGGGACGGGAAGAUGGACAGGUUGGAGUUUUCCAUCGCUAUGAAGCUCAUAAAGCUCAAACUUCAGGGAACACAGCUUCCGUCAACGCUGCCAAUCAUCAUGAAACAGCCCCCAGUGCCUGCCCCCUCCUCAGCCAUGCCCACCCCGGCCUAUGGUAUUGGUUCUGUCCCCAUGAUGGGCGGAACAAACUUCGCCAUGUUGACUCCUCUUUCCAUGGCGUCCCCCGGACUCACACCUUUGACACCGAUGACUGGCCUCAGCCCAAUGGGUUCUACGACAACAGGGCUGAACCCACUAAUCGCCUCAGCUCCCGCGAGGCCGGCUAUGUCCGCUGUGGGGAAUGCUGCGCUGCCCAAUGGCACCAUGGGAAUGUACCAACCGAUGCUUGCUGGAGGCUUACCUCUUGGUGCUACUUCGUAUGCCUCCCCGGGUGGACUUUCCUCUUCUCUGCUGGACUUGGGAUCUGGCAGCUCUGCCUCCUCAACCCCUUCUGGGAUGUCCCCCAUGGCUGCCGUUCCCAGCGACUGGGCCGUACCGCACGCCUCCAGACAGAAAUACAAGCAGCAGUUCAACAUCCUGGAUAUACAGAUGGCCGGAUACUUAACAGGUCAACAGGUGAGAAACGCCAUGGCAACCACGAUGCUGACACAGACACAGCUGGCCUCUAUCUGGACUUUAUCUGACGUAAACAAGGAUGGUAAGCUGACCGCCGAGGAGUUUAUCCUGGCUAUGCAUCUCGUUGACGUGGCGAAGAGCGGCCAGCCGCUGCCUCCGAUCCUGCCUCCUGAGCUGGUACCGCCCUCGCAGAGGAGUGCAACGAAUGGCUCCAGCUCUAACCUCUACUCGGGUCUGAUCAACGAAGCAGAACCGCCACAGAAACCCAAGACUAACCUGUCCUUUGAGGACAAGUUCAAAGCCAACCUGGAGCAAGGGAACGCUGAGCUGGAGAGAAGACGACAAGCUCUGCUGGAGGCGGAGAGGAGGGAGCAGGAGCGCCGCGCUCAGAUAGAACGGGAGGAGCGCGAGCGGCGGGAGAGGGAGGCCCGCGAGGCUGAGGAGAGGAGGAGGAAGGAAGAGGAGUUGAGGCUGGAGCGACAGAGGGAGCUGGAGAGACAGAGGGAGGAGGAGAGGCAGAGGGAGCUGGAGCGACAGAAGGAGGAGGAGAGGCAGAGGGAGCUGGAGCGACAGAGGGAACUAGAGAGACAGAGGGAGCUGGAGAGGCAGAGGGAGAUUGAGAGGCAGAGGGAACUGGAGCGACAGAGGGAGCUGGAAAGACAGAGGGAGGAGGAGAGGCAGAGAGAGAAGGAGAGGAAAGAGGCAGCACAGCGGGAGCUGGAGCGACAGAGGAAGGAGGAGUUUGAGAGGAGGAAGCGGGGGGAGCUGAAGAUGAAGAAGGAGCAGGAGCAGGACGAGAUCAUCAAGCUGAAGGCGAAGAAGAGGAGUCUGGAGAUGGACCUGGAAGCCGUGGGGAACAAACAGCGUCAGAUUUCUGAUCGACUGCGUGACAUUCAGAACAACAAGAAACUCCAGAGGACCGAGUUUGAUCUUAUCGAUCAAAGGAAAGACACACAGCAACAGGAUAUUAACGCACUGCAAAGACAGAUAGAGGAGUUUCAGAGGAAGUUGUCUCAGCUGACGCCAGAGAAGAAAAGACUGACAGAAAAACUUCAAAAUAUGUCUCUGAAUAACCUGCCUGUUUCAACCAUAUCCACCCUAAAGGUGGGAGUCACGGAGAAGAGGGGUGCGUGCAUGAAACUGCGAGAGAGGGUAGAGGCUCUGGAGAAAGAAACGGCUUCCAAAGUGGCUCAGAUGGAGCUGUGUAACAAAGACAUGCAGGACCUGAAGGAGAGCCAGAGAAAGCAGCAGGCGGCCCUGGAGAAGCUGCGUGGCAUCAAAGAGGAAAAGCAGCGUGAGCUGAGCCGAAGGAAGGAACAGGAAGAGGAGAGGAAGCGACAAGAGGAGGAACGACGCCGCAGAGAGGAGGAGGAAGCUCAAAGGCGUAUUAAACUGGAAAAGGAGCGUCAGCGGCAGGAGCAGCUGAGGAAGGAGGAAGAAGAGCGUCAGAGGAGGCUUGAGGAGGAGAGGGAGGCCAAAAAGAGGGAGGAAGCGGAGAGGGAGAGACAGGCUCUCAUCCAGGCUGCCAGGGAGCAGGCCGAGCGAGAGCUGAGAGCAAAGGAGGAGGCCGAACGAAAAAGGAGAGAAGAGGAGGAGAGGAAAAAGAGAGAGGAAGAGGAACGUCUGAGGCAAAUAGAGAGACGCAGGCAGGAGGAUGAGAGGAGAAAACUGGAGGAGGAGAGGAGAAAACUAGAGGAGGAGAGGAAGAAGCUGGAGGAGGAGAGGAGGCAGGAAGAAAAGAGGAGAAAAGAAGAGGAGGACCGACGCAAGAGGGAUGAGGAGAGGAAGAGGUUGGAGGAGGAAAGGAGAGAGGAAGAGCUCAGGCGGGAGAAGGAAGAGGAGGAGAGAAGGAGACACCGAGCAGCUGAAGCGGCCUUUCGCGAUGCCGAGGAGAGGAAAAAGCACGAGCAGGAGGAGAAAAGGAGAAAGGAAGAGGAGGAUAAGAGGAAGCGGGAGGAAGACAGAAGAAGGCUUCACCAGCAGCAGGACGAGGAGAGAAGGAAAGUGGAGUUGGAGGAGAAGAGGAAGAAGGAGGAGGAAUCCCGUAAGCAGCAGCCCAACGGAGGGAAGAUAGAUAUUGUGGCGGCUCUGCUGAGAGGACUGGAGGAGAGGAAGGGCGGACAGCCGAAGGCCACCCAACACAGGAAGUCCGCCGCUCUCACGCCCUUCAAAGCGCUUUACCCGUUCACGGCACGAAACAACGAAGAGCUCAGCUUUGAAGCGGAUGACGUCAUCGAGGUGGAUGAGACGACGGAGCGAGAGGAGGGCUGGUUGUACGGCAGCAAACAGGGGAAGAUGGGCUGGUUCCCGGAGAGCUAUGUAGAGAAGGUCGCUCCAUCAGAAGCGGCUAAGCCCCUCGCUGCCGCCCCAUCUAAGCCGUCGAUUCAGGCGCAGCUUUCCAACGCGCUGGAAGCUGUCAAGGCAACGGGGUCAAAGUCGGCUUUCACCCCGACUCAGUCUCCUCACUCUGCUCCCGCUGACACGCAAGGACAGCCGGUGGUGGGGAACCUGUUGGCUCAGGCGCUGUGUUCCUGGACGGCAAAGACGGACAACCAUCUGAACUUCAAUAAGGACGACGUGAUUCGUGUGCUGGAGCAGCAGGAGAACUGGUGGCUGGGAGAGCUGAAGGGGGAAAAGGGCUGGUUCCCUAAAACCUAUGUAACCGUCUUAGGAGAAGAGGAUGGAUCGGAAGCCAAGAACUCCUCUUCAGAUGGCACUGAUUCUGUUGAGAGCCUUCAGCCUGAAGAGUAUGUGGCGCUGUACACAUACGAGUCUCCGGAGCCCGGUGACUUGACAUUCACAGAGGGAGACGUGAUCUUAGUGAGCAAGCGAGAAGGAGAGUGGUGGCGCGGGUCGACGGGCGAACACACAGGACUCUUCCCGGGCAACUACGUCAAACCCAAGGAGGCAGAUACAUCAAGUGUAUCUGGAAAGAAAAAGCAAGAGAUCGCUCAGGUGACCAAAGCCUACACCUCUGCUAACCCAGAGCAGCUGAGUCUGGAAACCGGUCAGCUCAUCCUCAUUUUCAGCAAGAACCGUUCUGGCUGGUGGCUCGGAGAACUUCAGGCACGGGGCAAGAGACGACAGAAAGGCUGGUUCCCUGCCGCUAAUGUUAAAAUAUUGGGAUCCAACAGCGGCAAAUCCACUCCAGCCCAACAGCCAUUGUGUCAGGUGAUCGCCAUAUACGACUACACGGCCGCCAACCAGGACGAGCUGAGCUUCUCUAAAGGGCAACUGAUCAACGUUUUAGACAAGAGCAACCCCGACUGGUGGAGGGGAGAAGUUAAUGGGGUCACUGGCCUGUUCCCCUUCAAUUACGUCCAGAUGACCACGGACACUGAACCCAGCCAGAAAUGGUGUUCAGACCCCACCAGCCUGGACUCUCUAAGCCCCCAGGAAAAGAAGAGACAAGGUUACAUCCAUGAGCUGAUCGAGACAGAGGAGCGAUAUGUGGAAGACCUGCAGGUUGUACUGGAGGUUUUCUUCAAGCCGAUGUCUGAGUCCCGCCGGCUGAGUGAAGCUGAGAUGAGCAUGAUCUUUGUCAACUGGAAGGAACUUCUGGCUUGCAACAGUAAACUUGUCAAGGCUCUCCAAGGUCGUAAGAAAGCCAGUGGGGACAACGUGCCGGUGCAGAUGAUCGGAGACAUCCUGGCCUCCGAGCUGUCCCACAUGCAGCCCUACAUCAGCUUCUGUUCGUGCCAGUUCGACGGCGCCGCGCUGCUCCAGACUCGCACCGACAAUGAGCCAGAUUUCAAAGCAUUCCUCAAGAAAAUAGCAACAGACUACAGGUGUAAGGGCAUGCCGCUGUCCAGCUUCCUGCUGAAGCCCAUGCAGAGGAUCACGCGCUACCCACUGCACAUUAAAAACAUACUGGAGUGUACAGCAGAGGGCCAUCCUGACAGAGGUCAUCUGAAAGAGGCUCUGGAGAAGGCCGAGGAACUCUGUCAACAGGUGAACGAGGGCGUUAGGGAGAAGGAGAACUCUGACAGACUCGAGUGGAUCCAGAACCACGUACAGUGCGAUGGAGCUGUGGAGAAUUUGGUCUUUAACUCUCUGACUAACUGUUUGGGCCCCAGAAAACUGCUGCACAGCGGUAAGAUGUACAAGGCAAAAGGCAACAAGGACCUCUGGGCUUUCCUUUUCAACGACUUCCUGCUUUUAACUUACGCUGCCAAACAGUUCACCUCUUCGGGGCCUGACAAACUGUUCAGCAAGAGGAACAAUGUCCAGCUCAAGAUAUAUAAACCACCUGUGCUGCUGAACGAAGUUCUGGUGAAGCUUCCUGAUCCCUCCAGCGACGAGCCAGUCUUCCACAUCUCCCACAUCGACAAAGUCUACGCACUGAAGACCGACAACAUCAACGAACGGACGGCCUGGGUUCAGAAGAUUAAGGUGGCUUCUGAGGAGUUUAUCGAGACUGAAAAGAAGAAAAGGGAUAAGGUUUAUCAAGCUCGUUCUAUGAAGGGCACUGGAAUCGGCAGACUACUCGUCACCGUCUUGGAAGCCACCGAACUCAAGGGAGCAAAACCCACCGGUAAAAGUAACCCUUACUGCGAGGUGACCAUGGGGUCUCAGACUUUCACAUCCAGGACGCUCAACGACACCCUGAACCCCAAAUGGGGCUUCAACUGUCAGUUUCACAUCAAAGAUAUCUACCAAGAUGUCCUCUGCAUCACCAUCUUAGAAAGAGACCAGUUUUCACCAGAUGCGUUCCUUGGCAGGACGGAGGUUCCUGUGGCAACCAUAAAGAAGGAGCUGGAGAACAAGGGACCGGUGACCCGGCGUCUCCUGUUGCAUGAAGUUGCAACGGGGGAGGUGUGGGUGCGGCUCGACUUGCAGCUCUUCAAAUAGGAGGACGACACAAGGACCUGUGGCCUUCGCAGUAACCCCCCGAAUGGGAGCAAUUUACCAAAGAAGACAAGAAACGGAACUGUGAACUGUGUUUCAUGUACAAUGCCUUAAAAUGCAAUACUAACCUGAACUAAUACCUCCUAAGAUGUUGCCCCCAUCCUCUGGUUGGGAUUUGAAGCUGGGGGGGGGGCAUCUUCUGUAUCCAGCAAUAGGAGUUUUUCUUUCUGGUUUUCCUCCUUUUAGAAAGGAAAACAUGAGCUAUGGUUUCCAUUUGUAUUUACACUGUAAAGGGUUCAAACCGAAGACACCUUUUAGUUUUUUUUUAGCUGUAAAAGCAGUAAAAUUACACACGCUCUUCUGUAAUAUCUCACUGUUUCGUUCCAGUAGCCGGGUUUUAUUCCCUUUUUGCCAAAUCUUCUCAGCCAGGACCAGCCACCUAGUUGUUGAUCAAAGUAGCUGUGGUUUUAUUCCAGCUGUCAGCACAGGUGUAUGUUAAAGUUUUAAUCUUUUUUCCUGAGGAAACGCUGACUGACUUGAUUUUCCUCAAAGGCUUCAGCAACAAUAGACGACAGAUGAUGGACGGCAGCAUGGACAGCAGGAGGAGAAAUGUUAUUUUGUCGCUCUCUUCUUUGGGCGGUUUACUAAUGAAGGCAGAGUGUUGCUCUGAGGUCAAGUUACUACACUGAAUACUAUUUUAUUUUUUUCUUCUGGUGUGUAUGCUACAUUUCCGAAGUUUAAAGAUGCCCAAACUGUUAGUAAGCUGGGAAGAGUGUACUUAAAUCUAUUGAAAAUGUAGCUUUCGAAGGAAAAAUCAAGAAAAAUGUAACUUUAAGACCUUUUUAAGUUUUUCAGAAAAGGUCAGACUUGAUUAUGUUCUUAGCUGUUUCCUCCUGUUGGCAAAAUCAGUCAAGGCCAAAAUAACUUUCAGUGAACUUAUCAGCUGCAGACCUGCAUCCCUCUUCCUGUUUAAACAGGGUUUACCUUUUCAGGUGGCUCAGAUAAGUCAUUAUAAACGGAUCCCUCCACUCUUAUGAUGGGGUCCACGUCUGUCGCGUCAGAAGUCAAAUUCGGUAUAAAAUCUUGGUGAGGUUUUAGGAUAGAAAAACUUUGUAGUUACUCUACGGAAGCCCUGAAAGGUCAUUUCACAUUUUCUUUGAGCUCUUUUUACCAAGUCUGACCAAAUGUAUGUCUUCUCCUCCUCAUCAACCAGUGACUCUUUUUACAUCAUAAUAAUAAAAAUAACUUCAGUGUGUUACUAUUAUUACUGAGGAUAAAAGGGAUUGUUUAUAUAUUUAGUGAUACUAAAUCUAUAAAUUAUUUUUAUUGAGAAGAAUGGUUAUAGUUAGUGUUAUAGUUAGCAUUUUAGAAGCAAAAAAGGAUAUUUUAAAUCAGCACUUAAAAGGCAUAAACAUAAAUUUUAUAAUCUAUUGUAGAUUUAAGUCAAUCUCAAAAGAAAAAAAAACAAAAACAUUUGUUCAGACUCAGAUAUUUCUUUUUCUUUGUUUUAACUACUGUCCAAAACUACUUUUUUUGUUGUUGGCUCAUUCACAUAAAAAAAACUUUUGAUUUCGUCCCAUAAAUGUGUUUUUCCCCUCCUGCUGAUAAGUCAUAAAGUUAGAAGACAAAAUAAACGAUAAAACAUGGCUUUGUGAAAACUAAGUGUGCCCUUCAGGGCUUCCGUAUAUUCCCUGCUUUUUAUUCUCUCGUCUAUAGUUUUCCUGUUCUGGAUACAAACUGGCCUAGUAUUUAUUUCUUUAUUUAUGCGUGUGACUAUCUAAAGGUUUGGAGACCUUUCCUGCAUCAUGGGCUGCGUUAAGCCAAGUUUGUGGUUCACAGGUGUGACAUGAGUUAAUAAAGCAUGUUGAUACUGUUUUAACCUUACUGCUAGAAGACCAAGUCAGACCUGCUGCAUGUAUACUAUCGGUUUUGUUUUGUUCAGUCGGGUUUUUUUUUUUUAAAGUGUCGCAUUAACAAAUGUUUUUUUGAACUCAUAGAAAAUGUGUUAGUUGACUUUAUUAUGUCUUAUCUGUAUAUUGGUGGUAAACUUGUCCUGAGUUUUAGUUUUUUUUCUGUAGAAAUUUGCAAUGACUGCCACUGUGCCUCUUAAUAUUUUUGGCCUUUACAUGACUCUGAAUCAGGUUUUCAGAAGGCAGAAUAAAAACAUUAAAGCUGAUCAAACUGUGUUUUA